AUGUCCUCUUCCAGACAGGGCAGUCGGCAUGCAGACGGUUCAAGAUUGCGCAGCAGCUGCAAUGCUUGCACGGACGCCAAGAUUGGUUGUACANAAGAGAAACCCACCUGCUCUCGAUGUGCACGACGCGAUGAAGUUUGCGUCUAUGCUCCUGCCAGACGUGCAGGUCGACCCAACCGCCACAAAGCAAACCGAGCAGCCAGUCAGCAGCUCGAACGCGCCGCGCUUUCCCCAAAAUCACCGUCACUGCACAUGACGCCGACUUCCUAUCCAGACCUCUUGCCACAAUUUCCCGAUUUGACCAGAGACCUUUCUUCGCACGAAGUCGCGUCACUGUUAGGCUUCUCGUCUCUCAACCAGAGUGAUGUUGACAACUACCUGGAUUCGAUUAGUGCACCCUUUGACGACUUGAUUGCAGGCGGCCAUGGAUCUACUCCUUCGCUUGCUGGAGACAGUGGAAUCGGUCUCAGUAGCGACAACAACAACAACCUGGAAGGUGACUUUCGGGCACUCAGCGGUGGCUGCGAGACAAUGUCCACGUUGAUGAAUGAUGGUGAUGGUAGUGGCAGUGGCGACACAGACAUGUCGGAUUGCUUGCUUCCUCAAGAUCCCACAGACGCUAUCGCAUUCCCAGGACUAUUCAACAUGACUGAUAUGUACAACACACACAACAACUUCCAGACACCAACCCAGACACUACCUCACAACGUCAUCGACGCAAGCAACCAAGGAACCCAUGAAUUGAAACUCCCAGAACAAAGGCGAAAAUCAUCAUCAACAUGCGACUGCAGGAUCAAGUGCUCCAAUCUCCUCGACAAGAUGGCAGCCUUGCGAGCUGACGCAAGCCCCGAUUCAUCGUCGAACGAACCACCAGACUUUGAGGAUGUCAUGAAACAGAACGACUCCACCAUCGAGGUCGUCCGCGAGAUCCUGGACUGUGCAUGUUCCAACAACAAUUCUUCACUAUACGUACUUUGUUUCGUGAUCUUCGAGACCCUAGGUUGGUAUGCUGCUACCGCGCUUGCCGUGAAAAGCAGUCGAAACUCCAAGAGCCCUUCCCCCGCGUGCUCUGCUGCAAAUAUUCGAGCAAUCAUGGUGCGACCACCGUCAGCGACCAACGAGGCAGGCAGCACCGACGUUGACGCCGAAGUGUAUCAAGAGCACAUGAUCUACCAGAGCAUAAUCACAAAGCUUUACUGUGUUCGAAGAAUCGGUACAUCUCUCUCACAGCGUCUGUUGGCCGCAGAGGAGAAAUCGAAGAUCAAAGCAAACGCAAAGGCGUCAUUGCCACUGUCAAUCGACAACACAAGCGAGGGUCGUUUGGCUGCCGCAGCGCAGGAUAUCUUGAUAUACGGUGACAUGUUCCAAAGUCCAAGCGCUGGACUUCAGGCUGACGGAAUCUGGAAGAGCUUGGAAAUCGGGCUGAGGACAAGAUUGAAAGAGGUGUCGCAAGGCAUAGUUGAGGCUCUCCGGGAAGCAUGA